CCACACUUCGAUAUUUAACUUACUUACUCAGCAUUCGUCACUCAUCGGCCACCAUCAUGGUCACCUUCUCCUCCCUCUUCCUCGCCUGUUCAGCCAUUGCGGGAGCCUUUGCUGCCCCAAGCCAGGCUCUCGAUAAUCGAUCUCCUAGCGACCUUCUUAACACCCGCGCCGGAACUCCAAGUUCCACUGGCACGCACAAUGGGUACUACUAUUCUUUCUGGACGGACGGCGGUGCGACGGUGACGUAUACGAAUGGCGCUGGAGGCUCGUAUAGCGUCAAUUGGGGUACAGGCGGGAAUUUUGUGGGUGGGAAGGGGUGGAAUCCUGGGAGUGCGAGAACCAUAAACUACUCCGGAACCUAUACACCCAAUGGUAACUCCUAUCUCGCUGUAUACGGCUGGACCACCAAUCCUUUAGUCGAAUACUACAUUGUCGAGAACUACGGUACCUACAACCCAUCAUCUGGGGGUUCUAAAAAGGGAACUGUUAGUAGUGAUGGCGGGACCUACGACAUUGUCUUCAGCACUCGGACUAACGCCCCGUCUAUCGAGGGGACUAAGACCUUUCAGCAGUACUGGUCAGUCCGACAGUCGAAGCGUACUGGCGGUAGUGUCAACACUAAGACGCAUUUUGAUGCUUGGGCUAAAGCGGGAAUGAAGCUGGGGACUCACAAUUAUCAGAUCGUUGCUACGGAGGGUUACUUUAGUAGUGGGUCAGCUUCUAUCACCGUGUCUUAA